AUGCCCUCAGAGCGCGAUAUCCAGAUCCAACCACAGGUGCCCGACUCUAUUCGGCAUAAUACCAAGACCCUCACAAACUUGCAUCAUCUGGCCGCCUCCCUCUUUGGCGUCGGCGCAGGCACUCUAGGCCUAGAGUCUUAUUGGGGCUUCAUCUUCUAUCUCAUCUUCUCGCUUUUUACAUCGGCUCUCGUUUACGGUCUACGCGUGAGGCCCAGCCUGAUCCACGAGAAACAUAGCGGUAUCCAGCGAUACUUUAGAAGUGGAUGGGAGCUGUGGACAGAUGGAUUAAUGGACGGGUUGGCUGGCUUUGUCCUCACAUGGACCUUAUUCUAUGGACUGGUAAGGGCCUAA